AUGGUGGAGGACAAAUAUGUCGGCUUGGCUUUGGCCAUACUGUCGACGAUGGCCAUUGGGACAAGCUUUGUCAUAACUAAAAAAGGGUUACUGGAGGCAAGCGAGCGGCAUGGAUUUGAAGGUGAAGGCUUUGCAUAUUUGAAAAGUCCUACGUGGUGGGGCGGCAUCGUGACCAUGGUACUCGGUGAAGUGGCCAAUUUCGCAGCAUAUGCUUUUGCGCCGGCCAUACUGGUAACGCCGUUGGGAGCGCUCAGUGUUUUGAUCGGUGCCGUACUGGGGUCAUACUUUCUCAAAGAAGAUUUGGGUACGCUGGGGAAACUUGGAUGUGCCUUAUGUCUCAUUGGGUCUGUCAUAAUAGUGCUGCAUGCACCCCCGGAUAAGGAGAUUCAAACUGUGGAUGAGAUAUUGCAGUAUGCCAUACAUCCAGGUUUUCUUCUCUACUGUGCUGCGGUUGCCAUCUUCUCCAGCGUUAUGAUCUAUAAGGUCGCUCCAAAGCAUGGAAAGAAAAACCCUCUGAUAUUUAUCUCAAUCUGUUCCACGGUUGGAUCUGUAUCCGUCAUGUCAGUCAAGGCUUUCGGUAUCGCCUUGAAGUUGACUUUGAACGGGAACAACCAACUUACCCACCCAUCGACUUACGCUUUUGCCAUCGUCACUGUAUGUUGCAUAUUGACCCAGAUGAACUACUUUAACAAAGCUCUUAGUCAGUUCUCAACUUCUAUAGUCAAUCCGCUAUACUAUGUUACCUUUACGACUUUCACAUUGGUUGCGUCUUUCAUCCUCUUCCGGGGUUUCAAUACAACUGAUGCGGUGAACACUCUUUCUCUUUUGAGCGGAUUCUUGGUGAUAUUCACGGGAGUCUACCUGUUAAACCUAUCACGUGGCGAUCCCGACGGUCAAAAACUUCUUAAUGGCCAUAUCUCGGGUGGAGUUCCUACGGACGGGAUAACAGGCCUGCAGACUCGGAGAAGCAUGCAGUUACGUCGAAGCAUAGAUGCUAGUCGAGCUAGCACUGGUAGUGCCGGCUUUGGCUCGAGAGGGGAAAGAGGAGUAUUGAUGCACUCAUUCGAAGAGAACAACGUCGGACUCGGCCUAGAGGAACUCGCGGAGGACAGCGAUGAAGACCAAGGACUGAGCCGUUCAAGUGUGAACAGCAUGAAUGGACGAUACAACGGUACCCAUCGACUUAAAGGAGAUGAUCGAUAA